CGCACACGUUAGAAGAUUUCAUCUUGUGUAACGAUCACAGGCAAAAAAAGUUUUAUUGAUUCUCGACGAAACUGUAACUUGAAUUUGUUCUUAUCCUAUUCAGACAAUCAAGUACUAGAAAAUGUCAUCGUCUUCAACCUCGUCAAAAAAUGAUAGUACAGAGCUAGAACAAGCCCGAAACACCACCAACGAACCGCUUUCGAUUCCUCGAUUGCUCCAUGGUCUUCGGAACUUCAAAGUCCAGGUCGCCUUUCGGCCUAUUGCGAUGGCACCCAAGUUAAAAGAUCCGGUCUAUCGUAUUGACGGCACACUUCGGUUUGCGCAGUUGUACAAACGGGUUAAUUAUGAUGUUGUUGGUUCGCAUUCGAUGACCAUGAAGACAAUGAGUACUUGAUGGAGAUGGUUGCUUACUUUUCUUCUGCAUGAUGCGCUUGCGCUCUGCUAGAAAAUAAUCACAGUAACACUGGCGCAUCAACAAUGAGCGGCUUUGAUGCAGUCCUCCUCAACGUUCUCUUCUAAGUCCUGCAAGCUCUCAGCGGUUCUCGUGGUGGCAUACCGAAUUUGUACAUGUAUUUGCAGAACUCGUUUCAGCCCGAGGGGGACGAUUGCGUCGCUGACCUCUACAACUGCUUCAAGGGACCUGGUGAUCAAUUAGUGUUUACCUACAGUCUGGAACCGGCUUAUUCGUGA